GUCACCGCGUCCCGCGCUGACGUCACCCCGCACCAGCCCCACCCACCGGGAGGCCGCGGGGGCGCCGUGAGGGCUGCGGGCAAGAUGGCGGCGGCCGCGGCGCUGAGGGGCGGCGGGAGGGCGGUGACCCGCGAGGUGUUGCAGCUGGAGGCGCGGGGGCUUUGCACGAAGCCGGUGGGCACCGGGACGGCGCCGCCGCCGCCAAAGAUUUCUCCAGGCUGCUGUUUGGCUGGGUCAGUCUGUGCAGGGAGUCAGACCUCUUCCAAAGGUGGCUGCCCAUCCUCCUGCCUCCCCCUGCCCUUCCUUCCCAUCCUGCACCUUCCGUCUGGCAGAGAGAACUCUCUCCUGCUGUCUGCAGACAAAGGGGAGAGCAUUUCUAGUACCACCCUCAAGGAAGCUGCAAAACCUGCUGAAGACAAGAGGAUGCCCACGUCAAGAAAAACUGAGGUUGCAUUUCCUCAGCGAGGAGUUGCUUCCUCCCGUGAGGAGGAAAACCUCACCACACCUGCAAGAGGAGGAGGCCUGAGGAAAAAGUUAGCUGAGGAACAGACUUCAUCCAGCUCAGAGUCAGAUUCUAGCUCAGAUUCUGAGGAUGAGAAUGUUGAUGAUUCAGAAGUUGUCAUUAAAACUAAAGUUGAGUUUCCCAGACGAUAUCCCAUCAUUUCUGAGAAUAUAGCAGUAAAGGCAUCACUGCUGACAAAAGAGAAAUUGUCCCAGAAAUCCCUCAAAGAAUAUGGAAUUAAGAAGCUGCCACGCAAACCAGAAAUUGACGUGUCUCCUGUAAAGCAGGUCAAAUUUUCUAAAACAUCAGUCAGCCAGGAAACAUCAAAAUCCAAAGCAAGAGACCCCAAAGUAAAAUCCCCUCCAAAAGAACAGAAGUUGGUCUUAGAACCACAUGUGAAAAGUCUGGACCUCACCAAUAUCACUCGUAAAUCUGAUCACGUGGAGGAAAAGUCCACUGGGCCCCAGGUAGCAGCUCUGCAGCUGAAAACCUCAGCAGUGACUCAGGAAGACAAAAAGCAAGAUCUGCUAUCCGGAGGAGAGAAGGAAAAGAUGAAGGAGGCACAGGAGUUGCAAGCAAAAGAAGCAACUGCUCCUAAAGUGGAAGAGACUUCUGGAAGCACAACGUUGGUGAUGGGCACCACAGCAAAGGAGAAGACCACGCAGGAAGCAGGAGUCCAGGCUGGAGAAAGCAGCACAAUAGAGGAGACAGCUCAGCCUGCUCCAGAGGAGUUUGAUAAUUCCACCUACAAGAACCUGCAGCACCACGAAUAUCACACGUUCACCUUUCAUGAUUAUGUCGCUGUCCUCGCAAAGUACAGGCAGCCUCAGCCCUCCUCUGGAAGACCAUCACCCAGGCACUGAGAGAGCCACACUUACAGCAAACACCCAGGCAGGAUGGUGAAUUGUUCUGUUUAGCACUGCUGCUUCAUCUGUGUAAUUGAAAUCAGAUAAUAAAUAAUAAAGGCAUAAUAACUUGG